AUGGAGAAGUCAGGCACUCUUGAAGAGAUUGAAACGUCCACGGGGCCGAAACGAGAGGACCCCGAGCCAGGUGUCGUUCCGUUACAGAGAGAGCGAGUUCAAUUGACGGAUGCCGAUAAUAAAAGGAUCUUACGGAAGACGGAUAAGCAUAUCUUGACGCUCCUCUUCUGGAUAUACUUCUUGCAAAUAUUCGACAAGGCCGUCUUCGGCACUGCGGCACUCUUCCACCUCAAGGACGACGUCGGCCUGACGGGGACGCAGUUUUCUCUCGUGGCGUCAAUCUCCUCCAUCGCGCAAUUAGCAUGGCAGCCCUUUUCGAGCUUCCUCAUAGUCAAGGUGCCGCCGCGCAUCCUCAUGCCCACUCUCGUCUUGGGCUGGGGCAUCGCCGAGGCCACUAUCGCUGCCGGGCACAGUUUUGGCUCUCUCCUUGCGUCGCGCUUCUUUCUCGGCCUUUUUGAGGCAGGCUGUCUGCCACUAUUCAGCAUCAUUACGUCGCAGUGGUAUCGUCGCGUCGAGCAGCCUCUUAGAGUUGCGGUAUGGUACUCGAAUAACGGAACAGCGACGAUCCUAGCGGGGAUUCUGGCGUAUGGGCUGGGUCACAUCCCGUCUGAUUUACUCAAGCCCUGGCAGAUCAUUUUCCUCUUCGCCGGUCUGUUAACGAUUGUCAGCGCCCCUCUGGCGUACUGGAAGCUCGACAAUGGUCCCGAGUGGGCUCGCUUUCUCACAGAGCUUGAGAAGAGGCAGGCUGUAGAGAGGCUCCGGGCGAAUCAAACCGGAACAGGGUCCCGCAAAUUUAAAUGGUCUCAUCUUCUGGAGCUCGCUGUUGAGCCCAAGAGCUACCUUUGGAUCGGAUUAUCCCUGUUGCUCAACAUUGGCGCUGCUGUGUCGGGCACGUUCGGGCCGCUUAUUCUCUCCGGUUUCGGUUUUGACGCUUUCCAGUCGUCACUCCUUAACAUGCCCUUCGGUGCCGUCCAGCUCAUCGUCAUCUUAUCGAGCUGUUGGAUCGUGCAGAAGGUGCGCCUCCGAUCCGUGACGCUAUUCGGCUUCAUGAUACCCGUUCUAAUCGGAUCUGCCAUGCUCUACGCACUGCCUCGGGGGCCGUCUCAUCAAGGCGCCCUGCUUGCUGCCUACUACCUCAUAGCGUUCCUCUUCGCGGGCAAUACGCUUCUCAUAUCCUGGAUAGUGGGCAAUACGGCUGGUACCACUAAAUCGUCCGCAACACUUGCUCUGUUCCAAGUGGGCUCAUCCGCAGGCAAUAUCAUUGGCCCUCUUCUCUUCAACAGCGACGACGCGCCUUUAUACCACAGAGGCCUGCGCGCCAUUCUUGGAGUAUUCGUGGCGUUUCUCUGCUGCGUUAUCAUUCAACUCGGGAACCUCUUCAUUCUCAAUAAGGUCCAGGCCAAGAAGAGGGUGCGCAACGGCAAACAUGCCUCCAUCCUGGAUCACUCUAUGACGAGCUCGUAUGAAGGAUUUACUGAGGCAGACAUGACAGAGACCGGGAGGCUAGGGGACAAUGCGUUUGACGACUUGACUGAUGGGCAAAACGAUGAGUUCAUAUAUUUGUACUAA